AUGAAUAAGAACAAAAGAAAGUCACAUUAUGGAGAUGUGCAGAUAAUCCUAGGGGAGCCAUUACCUUUACCUUAUAAAAUAAACAAAGAAAACCCAGACGUUCAUGAAGAAGAGGAGGAUACAGCAGUAGAUACGAAGGAGUUCAGUGAACCAAUCCGCAGAAGAUUCAAUCAACAAAUAAAUAAAUAUAGACAAGUAUCUGAUAUUAAGGACAAUACCCAACUGGAGGGCUCUUUUAUAUCUCUAAGGAAGCCUCGACCACUUCCUGUGCAAGAAGUGCCGCAACUGCGCCGUUUUCUGGCUAGCGACGAAAUCGUAUCAACUGAACCACUUCAAAAAUCACAGGUAUCCCGACAGCUUGACAUGAUCGCAUCAAUUGAAGAGCAAAUAGAGAGACUAAGAAAGAAAGUCUCGUCUGGUGACUCUCUCAUUGAUAUGGAUGUCCUAGAAGAUAUUGAGGGCAGGUUAACGGAUAUAAGUGAAACCAAAAGUAAGAAAGAUGAAUUGAAAGAGGAAGACCCUGGCAAAUUAAGUCAGUCAAUUGCUGCAUCAUCUGAAGAAUUGCUCCAUGAGCUCGAGAAGUUACAGAAUUACAAUGAAAAGCUCUUGGCAGCAUCAAAGCCAACUUUGUUUGAAAAGUUUCUGAUAUCAAAGGUGCAUGUGGCAAUUUUUGUUGUUGUUUGUUUCCUUUUGACUUCUUCUUUCAUGGUGUCGGGGCUCAAUUAUGAAUAUUGCUAUUAUUUUUGCUGA